CUCUCACUCACACUGUCACACACAGGAAACAAUGCAUUUGUAAACAAUGUGAAUGUUGCUGUUUGCAGGGACCUCGGACAAGAAAUCUUAUAGAGAUCCGACAAAAUUUUAGCGAUGACAGGAGUCCUGCCUUUCCUGGUGAUUCUUGCAGUCCUGCAUCAUCUGUCAGCCAUGAUCCUGAAUGACAUUUAUGGAACCUUCCAUUCACCCAAUUUUCCUGAAUCUUACCCAAAGGAUUCAGAAGUCAGAUGGAAUAUAAGUGUACCUAGUGGGUAUAAAAUUAGACUUUAUUUCAUGCAUUUUGACCUUGAGCCAUCAUACCUCUGUGAGUAUGACUAUGUUAAGCUGGAAGCUGAACAGGAAGUGCUUGCAACAUUCUGUGGACGGGAAAAUACAGACACAGAGCUAGUGCCUGGAGAGCAAGUCAUUAAUUCUCCUAGAAAUAAUCUCGUUGUGACAUUCAGGUCUGAUUUCUCUGAUGAAGAGAGGUUCUCUGGUUUCAAGGCCCAUUACAAUGCAGUAGAUGUGGAUGAAUGUCAGGACAGGAAUGAUGAAGAGCUGACAUGUGACCACUAUUGUCACAACUACAUUGGUGGCUAUUAUUGCUCUUGUCGCUAUGGCUACUUGCUACACCAUGAUAACAGAACUUGUAAAGUUGAGUGCACUAACAGCUUGUUCAAUGAGCGGACAGGAGUACUCGCUAGUGUAAAUUUCCCAAACCCCUACCCCAAGAGCACUGACUGCACAUACCACAUUCAGCUUGAGGAUGGAUUUCUGAUCAGUUUGGAAUUUGAUGACACUUUUGACAUCGAGGACCAUCCAGAAAUCACCUGUCCCUAUGACUAUAUAAAGAUUCAGACUGGGCAGAAAGAGCUCGGUCCAUUCUGUGGUGACAAGCCUCCAGACCGUAUCCAGACAGGAAGCAACCAUGUUCAGGUUUUCUUCCACAGUGACAGUUCAGGCGAGAACACUGGCUGGAGACUGUCCUAUACUGCUGAUGGAAGUAACUGUCCAGUUCUAAACCCCCCAGUCCAUGGUCAUUUGGAGCCUUUUCUUCCCCAUUAUUCAUUUAAAAAUCAUGUCCUAAUUACAUGUGAUCCUGGCUACAGAGUGUUAAAGGAUGGUAAACAGAUUGAUCAUUAUCAAAUUGAAUGCCAAAAAGAUGGUACCUGGAGCAGCAGUGUGCCCACUUGCAAAAUGGUGGACUGUGAAUCACCAAGGGAGAUUCCCAUGGGUGUUGUGAUCUUCGAGACAUCCAGAAACAGCACUUUGUUUGGCUCUAGGAUCUACUACACCUGCAAAGACCCUCUGUACCAGAUUCAUCCUAGGAUUAACAGUACCUAUGUCUGUGGAGAGACAGGAGAGUGGACCAACAAAGAAAUUGGAAGCAAACUUCCAUCAUGUCUGCCAGCAUGCGGGAAGCCGGAGCAAGCUUUGCCAUCCUUGUUGAAGAGGAUUGUGGGAGGGCACAUAGCAUCCCCAGGUCAGUUCCCCUGGCAGGUGCUACUCCUGGUGGAGGAUGCCACCCGUGUUCCUGAAGACCGCUGGUUUGGAAGUGGGGCGCUGAUCUCUGACUUGUGGGUACUGACAGCUGCCCACGUUCUGCGCUCACAGCGCCGCGAUGCCUCUGUGGUCCCCGUGGCACCAGAGUAUGUGCAGGUCUACAUGGGCCUUCACCGUAUCCACAGCAAACACCUGGCCCUCAACCGUUCCAUUGAGAAACUAGUAUUGCACCCACACUUUGACCCCCGCAACUACAACAAUGACAUCGCCUUGGUCAAGAUGAGCCAGAGAGUGCUGAUGAAUGCACUCGUCCUGCCAGUAUGCCUGCCUCCCCAUGGCCAGAGUCGUAGUGAGCUGCUGCCCAACAUGCUUGGUUUGGUUGCUGGAUGGGGAAUAUCAAACCUUAACACAUCCAUUGACAGUAUGGUGACCUCUGAUACAGGUGUCGUAACUGAUAUGUUGCAAUAUGUGAAACUGCCAGUGGUGGCAAAGGAGGAAUGCCAAUCUAGCUAUGCUUCUAGGUCUGGAAAGUACAACAUUACAGACAAUAUGUUCUGUGCGGGAUUUUUUGAGGGUGGGCGUGACACAUGCUUAGGUGACAGCGGAGGAGCAUUUGUAAUGGUGGAUCCUGAUACUGGGAGGUGGGUUGCUCAGGGACUGGUGUCUUGGGGGGGCCCAGAAGAUUGUGGAAGCCAGCGUGUCUAUGGAGUUUACACCAAACUGUCCAACUAUGUCGAAUGGCUGCAGAGUCACCUGAAUCUGGGAAGUUGGUGGUAAAGUAUUCAUAGGAAAAACAUAUUUCUGUGGGGAACAAAACAACAGUAUACUCACUUUGAAAAUUACACUCCAAUUCUUUCCAUAUACAGUAUAUUCUAUAUGUUACUUAAGUAAUUUUUACUUUAGAGUACAUAUUUGUAAUGUUUUAGUAGCAUCCAUCCGUCUUCCAUAACUAAUCAACCAGUAGAGGGCCACAGGAAUCCUGGAACCAGCUGACACAUACUUCACGUACACACAUUCAGACACAGAGCCAUUUAGAGGCAUACGUAUGUUUUGCAAAAGAAACCUACAGAAAAGUCAUACAAGCAUGGGGAAACCAUGCAAACUCUACACAGACACUAAUUUAUAGGUAUGCGUACAGCCACAGUACCUUUAGCACCAUACUCCUAAUAUUUCACAGGAAAUUGCACCUAAACAUGAAUUCUGAGCAGUUUUGCAUAAUAUUCCAAGCUAUCAAAGUUAGCCCUAUAUUUUCUCUAUUUAAUCCAGACUGAAUUGUGUAUAGCAUAAUUGCAUCUUAAGUGAAAUUAUCUUUAUUUGUCAUUUUUCUGACAAUACUUAUUGACAUAAAUAAAUGUGUUUUAAAGCAAUGCUUUUGUUUUUUGGAGCUUAUGGUGAUUACCAUACCCAGACAUCAGCUGUGUACAUGAAUGAGUUGAAAAUGAUUGAAAAUAGGGUAGUUUGUUUAUAAGGUUCAAACAAGACAAUUUCAUAAGUAAAAACAUCUGUCAGUCCAUCUACCAUCUAACUGCUUAUGCUGCUCUGGGUUGUAGAGAAGUAAAAAUAUUGAACAUAUUUCAUUAAAAGCAUGCUGUACUGUUGCAGUUGGAAGUUUACGUACACUUAGGUUGAAGUCAUUAAAACUCUUUCAUCCACUCCUCAGAUUUUGUUAAUUUGAUUACAGUUUGAGUGGGUCAAAAAUUUGCAUACAUUUUGUCGAUAUUUGGUAGUGUAACAGGGUGGAUUCCUUACAACCUUUUAAACAUCUUGUCCCCGAACAAUCAACCUGCCCCUAAUUAGCGUUACCCAAUGUUUUUUUAAAAUAAUUUUUUAUUCAUCCACAUGUGACAUAUAUACAUAACAUAUCAAAUUGUAUCUCUGUAGCCAGUAGUAUGUUAACUAAUACCCUAUGCCAUAGAACUGUGGAUGGGAGGGGGGCGCAAAGCGAAACAACUCCCAGGUUGAGGGUGUGCAUAAAUGUGUUGUGGAACCAGAGCAUGUGAGUGGAGCAGAGUGAUGAGAAUUUCCACUAAUCGCACAUGCAGUUGUAUGAUCCCCCCACUGCCAGCCACUAAAGAUUACUCAUGGGAGUUUCUUACACAAAAAUGUUCAGAGGGCAGGAAAAAUUAGGAGAAAUGUUUGGUUCAUAGACAUAACAAAUCGGAUUGUUGAGGUGGUGGGUCUAAGCAAAUAAGAGGCAGGACCAACCAAUCAGAUGUCUUGGUCUCGCCUCUUCUAGCUGUCUGGACCCACUUCCUCAACAAUCUGAUUGGUUAUGUCUGUGAACCAAUCAUUUUUCCUUUUGCCCUCAGAACAUUUUCGUGUAAGUAAAACUCCCCAGAGCCUCCAGAUUGCUCCCCACUCCGGUAAAUUUUCACCCUGCUUUUUCACCUUCAAUUUAUGUUUUUCAAAUGAGAGCAAUAGGAAACCUAUUUUAGCCUUUUUUGGGUUUUUUUUCUUCAGACACCGAAAGAAACAUGAAGCAAAACACAGACAUUACACAAUAGGGGGCAUGAAAGGUCAACUGCUUCCAAAGGGGGUAUGACAGCUUAGGUUAACUGUGGGUAACUGUAACUGUGGGUAUUCCCAGGGUGGGUGCCCCUGGAGUGGUGUAGUCAACCUGUACCAUUCUCUCAAGCCACAGUACCAUUUUUAAGGAUUUUAAAACCUUGCACCACAUAAAAAAAACAAAAAAGUUGCGUCUUACUGUUAAAGUUUCAUUCCAUAGCUGCACAGGUGAAUUGAAUGAGUAAAUGCAGCAUACACCAAAUAAUAUUCCUCCUCAAAAAACCGAAGGCAGUAUUUAAAUAAUGCAAUACAACUUCAAAUACAACAGUAUAAAUAGAGGCGCACCAAUUCGAUAUUUGGGUCAGUGUCGGUACCGAUCCAUACCUAGUUCACAUCCUUAAGACUAUUAAAUACAUUUAAACAAAUAACACCAACAUGUACUUACCAUUUUACUGUCUUUUUCCAAUAUUUUGCCUGAUAGCACAGAAAUCGUGAUUAAACAAUGGACAUGUGCCACUAACAUUUGUGAGUAUUUUAUUGUGGGGUUCACCGGUCGACUUUCGGUGUGCUUCUCGGUGGAACUAGAUUGACAUCAUUACCUGGCCCAAUGUGGACUUCCUGUCUGUCAGUGGAUGUGCCUCACAGAAUAUCAUGCAGCCAGACCCUUCUCCCUCGAGCCAUCUCUUGUUAAUCUCAUUUCCUCUGUAUUUAAGUGCCUCUCAGUAUUGUACUGUCUAGUUCUGUCAUUGUUGCUUGUUCGUGCUCCUGUACUCGUCUUGCCUGCCUAAUAAAUUCCCGAGAGGGGUUUCACUGCAACCCUGCAGCACGCUAGGUCAUGGUAUGACAUUCAGUUAUUGGUGCAUGCAUGUUAUAUUUACAAAGAACACAUAUACAGUAUAGUGGCAGUAAUCAGGCCUCUAGUGAAGAAGCCAAGUUUGGAUACACAUGAGCUCAGCAAUUACAGAUAUAUCUCGAACGUACCAUUUUUGUAAAAAGUCCUGGAGAAGAUAGUUGCUGCUGCUGAGGGCACCACCAAGGCCUGCAAGCACAGGGAAACAAAAACCAAACCAAGACACAGAACAAGGGGGAAAACACACAGUCAGAAAACAAGGAAUAGGACAGGCAGAGCCAGGAGGUGGAACAAGAGGGGAACAAUGGCAGAUAAACAUGGUGAGCUGGGGCAGGACUGCCAGAAAAGGAAAUACUGCAGGGGACAGAACUUGAGAACUAAAGGCUGACAGAUGAAGGACAGGGCUAGGGAUGGACAAAUUGGGGCCAGGACACGGGAACUGAGGGACAGACCCAGGGAUGAACAUGUUAGAGACAGGACACUGAAUCUGAGGGACAAAACCAAGGGCAGGAAGUAGAGACCCACGCAGAGUAGGGGAAGAGUGCAUGGACUAAUGAGGGGCUAAAGAGUUGGAUAGCUUGGCUGAGCAGUGGCACAACUGGAGAUGGAGGUAGACCCAGUGGGCAACUGAGGAGUGAAGAAUGGGUGCUGGAGGAAGACAAGAAGACUGAUGGAUGGAUACUAGAGGGCAAUGAGGGCCUGGAGCUGGAUGGCGAGGAGGGGACUGCAGAACCCAAUCCGUCAUGGCCGGUCAAGAUGCUCUAAAAUGCAAAUGAGGACAAAGGAUACGAUCAAGAAACCCUGUGAAGACAAAGAAAGGCUGUGGAACCCAUGCGGGAGUCUGGAACAAACAUGCCCAUCACCCUCCACAGCCUAGCAUUCGGCUUGCAAACAUACAGUCAAUGGAGAACAAGCUGAAGAAUCUCAAAGCAAGACUGACUUUCUAACAGGAUGUGAGAGACUAACAUUCUGUGUUUUACUGAGACAUAGCUGUCUCGUCUAGUGCCGGAUCAAGCAGUGUCUCUGUCAGACACAGUUUGAUUCUCCAUUUUCCACAUGGACAGAAUGCGAGAGGCUAAGAAAUCUGAAGAUGGGGGAAUCUGUUUCGUGGGGAACACUAAGUGGUGCGAGGCAAACAGUGUUUCUGUUCCCUCUCGCUCCUGCUCACUUCAUCUGGAACAUGACAAUUAAGUGCUGUUUAUUCAACCUGUCUCAUGAGUUCAGUUCAAUUAUCCCCCGGGUGGUUUACAUCCCACCCCAUGCAGACACAGACAUGGCUUUGUCUGAAUUAGACAAUGUGCUUAGUGCAACCGAAAACAAACACCAGGGUGCAGUGCUCAGCAUGGUGGGGGACUUCAGUGAAGUUAUGCCGAACUUUCACCAACACGUCAAAUGUCCAACAAAGAUUGGAUCACAAAACUAUUUUACUCAUGCCGAAACAUAAACAAAUGAUUCCAUAGGAAGCUCGAGUCAUGAGAGGUGAAUUUCUGCCCGAUCAGAAGCCACACUACAGGAUUCACUCGAUGCCAUAGACUGGGACAUGAGUAGAUGGCAUCAAUGACUGUGAAUGUAGCGGUUCACUUUGUUACUAUGUUGGCAGAUGAUAUGAUCCCCACUGUGCUGCUCUCCUAAUGGUGUUAAAUAACCAUAAGUAGACAGCCAGCCAAACUCCCUCAGUAAACAACACAAGAGUCAGCACAUAGCUUUCUUGCUGUUUAAUAUUGACUCUUAUAGAGCAUGUUGGUAUGGUAAAUGAGUAAAACUGAAAUAACAGAAAUAAUUAUAUUAGAACAUAACAACAACAACAAAUUUAUUUUUAUAUAGCGCAUUAUCACAACAUUGCAUUGUCUCAAAGCGCUUUACAGUAUCCUCACCCAAAGCCCCCAGUGAGUAAGCCAUAGGCGACAGUGGCAAGGAAAAACUCCCUGGAAGGAAGAAACCUUGAGAGGGACCAGACUCAAAGGGGAAGCCCAUCCUCCAGGGGCCGGCAGGGAUAGUCAAAUAGAGAGAGGAGAGCAAGGAAGAUAAGCCAAUGCCGAAGCCGAGUCUUCUUCCAAUUGCCAGGCAACCAGAGGUAAGGCAGCGGGUCAUACAUGGAACAUAAAACAUACAUAAACAUAUAUUCUGUAAGGCAUCACAGGUAAGAGAUAUUAAAUGGUACAUUGGGCGGAGCUUAAUUUUGCUCCGCUUCUGACGUCAUAAGCGCGAGGAGGCGUAUCCUUUAUUCUGAUUGGUUGGGGGCUAAAUGCUUAUGCCACGUGUUGCCGAUAGGGGGACAUAUGGUUUGGGAGAUUGCCGUUAAACUUUAAUAGAAUAAAAAUACAUUACAUGUAUUUUAUUAAUGUUUUUUUUAUUACGUUUAGGAAUAAUAAAACAUAGCAGGAUGAAUGCGGAGUGCCAGUUAUUUCAAAUAAACCCCUAUAACCAUAACGUUUUUUAAGUAAUGAAGCAUUUUCCUGCCAAUGUGAAUAAUAAAGUAAAGCGCUCUGAGCAUUUUCUGGGGGUGGGGCUCGAUGGCGAGCGCCUGGUGGACAGGCCUACACCCAUGGGGCCUGGUCGGGCGCUGCCCGAACAAGGCACGUGGGUCCCCCCUCCAAUGGGCUCACCACCCAUGGGAGGGGCCAUAGGAGUCGGGUGCGAGGUGAUCUGGGCGGCGGCCAAAGGCGGGGAGCUAGCUCUAGGGACAUGGAAUGUCACCUCUCUGAUAGGGAAAGAGCCUGAGCUGGUGCGCGAAGUUGUGAAGUUCCGGCUAGAUAUAGUCGGACUCACCUCGACGCACGGCUUGGGCUCUGGAACCAGUCUCCUUGAGGGGGGUUGGACCCUUUUCCACUCUGGAGUUGCCCGCGGGGAGAGGCGCCAAGCGGGCGUGGGCAUACUUAUUGCCCCCAGGCUGGGUGCCUGUACAUUGGGGUUUACCGCAGUGGACGAGAGGGUAGCCUCCCUCCGCCUUCGGGUGGGGGGAUGGGUCCUGACUGUUGUUUGCGCUUAUGCGCCAAACAGCAGUUCAGAAUACCCACCCUUUUUGGAGUCCUUGGAAGGGGUGUUGGAGAGCGCUCCUCCUGGGGACUCCCUUGUUCUGCUGGGGGACUUCAAUGAUCACGUGGGCAGCGACAGUGAGACCUGGACGGGCGUGACUGGGAGGAACGGCCCCCCCGAUCUGAACCCGAGCGGUGUUUUGUUAUUGGACUUAUGUGCUCGUCACGGACUGUCCAUAAUGAACACCAUGUUCAAGCAUAAGGGUGUCCAUAUGUGCACGUAGCACCAGGACACCCUAGGCCGCAGUUCGAUGAUCGACUUUGUAGUCGUGUCGUCGGACUUGCGGCCGCAUGUUUUGGACACUCGGGUGAAGAGAGGGGCGGAGCUGUCAACCGAUCACUACCUGGUGGUGGGUUGGCUCCGCUGGUGGGGGAGGAAGCCGGCCAGGCCUGGCAGGCCCAAGCGUAUAGUGAGGGUCUGCUGGGAACGUCUGGCGGAAUCCCCUGUCAGGGAGAGUUUCAACUCCUACCUCCAGCAGAACUUCUCCCAUAUCCUGGGGGAGGCGGGGGACAUUGAGUCCGAAUGGGCCAUGUUCCGUGCCUCCAUUGUGGAGGCGGCUGACCGGAGCUGCGGCCGGUGGUCGGUGCCUGUCGCGGCGGCGGUGGACAGCGGUGGUAAGGGAUGCCGUCAAGCUGAAGGAGUCUUAUCAGGCCUUUCUGGCCUGUGGGACUCCAGACGCAGCUGACGGCUACCGGCAGGCCAAGCGGGAUGCGGCUUUGGCGGUCGCUGAGGCAAAAACUCGGGUGUGGGAGGAGUUCGGUGAGGCCAUGGAGAACGACUUCCGGACAGCUUCGAGGAGAUUCUGGUCCACCAUCCGGCGGCUCCGGGCGGGAAAGCGGUGCAGCAUCAACACUAUUUAUCGUGGGGAUGAUGCGCUGCUGACCUCAGCUCGGGACGUUUUGGGUCAGUGGGGGGAGUACUUCGAAGACCUCCUCAAUCCCACCGACACGCCUUCCGAUAUGGAAGCAGAGUGUGGGGACUUGGGGGUGGACUCGCCUAUCUCGGGGGUGGAGGUCACUGAGGUGGUCAAAAAGCUCCUCGGUGGCCGGGCCCCAGGGGUGGAUGAGAUUCGCCCAGAGUUCCUCAAGGCUCUGGAUGCUGCGGGGCUGUCCUGGUUGACACGCAUCUACAGCAUCGUGUGGACAUCGGGGGCAGUGCCUCUGGAUUGGCAGACCGGGGUGGUGGUCCCCCUCUUAAAGAAGGGGGACCAGAGGGUGUGCUCCAACUACAGGGGGAUCACACUCCUCAGCCUCCCUGGCAAGGUCUAUUCGGGGGUCCCGGAAAGGAGGGUCCGCCGGAUUGUCGAACCUCGGAUUCAGGAGGAGCAGUGUGGUUUUCGCCCUGGCCGUGGAACAGUGGACCAGCUCUAUACUCUCAGCAGGGUUCUGGAGGGUUCAUGGGAGUUUGCCCGACCAGUCUACAUGUGUUUUUUGGACUUGGAGAAGGCAUUCGACCGUGUCCCUCGGGGGGUCCUGUGGGGAGUGCCCCGGGAGUAUGGGGUACCGGGCUCCCUUUUCAGGGCGGUUCGGUCCCUGUAUGACCGGUGCCAGAGUUUGGUCCGCAUGGGCGGCAAUAAGUCGGACUCGUUUCCGGUGAGGGUUGGACUCCAUCAGGGCUGCCCUUUGUCACCGAUUCUGUUCAUAGUUUUUAUGGACAGAAUUUCUAGGCGCAGCUGGGGCGUUGAGGGCGUCCGGUUCGGUGACCUCAGGAUUAAUGUCUCUGCUUUUUGCGGAUGAUGUGGUUCUGUUAGCCUCAUCGAACCGUGACCUUCAGCUCUCACUGGAGCAGUUCGCAGCCGAGUGCGAAGCGGCUGGGAUGAGAAUCAGCACCUCCAAAUCCGAGACCAUUGUUCUCAUUCGGAAAAGGGUAGAAUGCUCUCUCCGGGUUGGGGAUGGGGUCCUCCCCUAAUUGGAGGAGUUUAAGUAUCUCGGGAUCUUGUUCACGAGUGGGGGAACGAUGGAGCGGGAGAUUGACAGGCGGAUCGGUGCGGCGUCAGCAGUCAUGCAGGCGCCGCAUCGUUCUGUCAUGGUGAAGAGAGAGCUGAGCCAAAAGGCGAAGCUCUCGAUUUACCAGUCGAUCUACGUUCCUACCCUCACCUAUGGUCAUGAGCUAUGGGUAGUGACCGAAAGAACGAGAUCGCGGGUACAAGUGGCCGAAAUAAGUUUCCUCCGCAAGGUGGCUGGGCUCUCCCUUAGAGAUAGGGUGAGGAGUUCAGUCAUUCGGGAGGGACUCAGAGUAGAGCCGCUGCUCCUCCGCAUCGAGAGGAGCCAGAUGAGGUGGCUCGGGCAUCUGAUCAGGAUGCCUCCGGGACGCCUCCCUGGGGAGGUAUUCCGGGCAUGUCCCACUGGGAGGAGACCCUGGGGAAGACCUAGGACACGCUGGAGAGACUAUGUCUCUCGGCUGGCCUGGGAACGCCUCGGGAUCCCCCCAGAGGAGCUGGACAAAGUGGCCGGGGAGAGGGAAGUCUGGGUCUCCCUGCUGAGGCUGCUGCCCCCGCGACCCGACCCCGGAUUAAGCGGGAGAUGAUGGAUGGAUGGAUGGAUAAUCUAUUUGUAAUUAAAAUAAAAGUCAAUCUCUAACACAACACCCCCGGAUACAUUUAGCGACAGGGUGGGUGGUGUAGGAACGGCCAAGAAUUUAGGACACAUUUUGCUCUUUUUGCGCUAUUUUUAAUUAGUAUGAGUGGGAUAUAAAUCAUUUAGACAAUGAGAAUUGAGGAAGAACCUAAACAACAGUGUAUCAGGCUCAGUAAUGGCUCGACAAACAGCGCAGUUCUGGUACGUAUGACAACAACGGGGACACAUGCUGCUCUUUUAUUUCAAAUAAGCCCCUUUAACCACAUCGUUUAAGCAAUGAAACUCUUUUUCAAAAGCAAAAACUAUUUAAAAUAAAACAUCUUAAGCAUUUCGACAACAAGAAUCAAGGAAUAACGCGGGCGAUCCUUGUUAAAAUAACUCUCGCUCUCUCUCUCCAUGUCGCGCUUGUGCGUGCAGCCACGAUACCCACACACCACUAGUCAUGUGUCGGUCGCGAACGAAACGGCUCUUUGAAGUGAACGAUCGGAGCCGGCUCCUGCCUGUGAGCCGGAGUCAGAGCCGCUUUUUUAUUUUCUCUAUUUUUUUUCCAAGCCGCACGGAUUUCUCAACCACACGAUGCGUGUCUGCUGUGAGCAGGAGGGGAAGGGGCGGUGAUAAAGCCCAAGUCAAACGCACCCUGUAAGUCUUAAGUCGUCUUGCUCUCGUGAGGUUUUUGUACCAUGUGACAUGGUGACGUUUUGCAGUGCCGUCUGAAGUCGGAAAAAAAAUCUAACCAUGAUGUAUUUAGACCGAGAGCCCAGAGGGGUCAGCCUAGCUGAAAACGAACCAAUUUCCCUUAGUGUAAUCUUACUGGGGGCAUAUGACAGUUCAUCAGAAUGGAUGUCUGCCGGGUCCGUGGUGGUGGGUGUGGCUGUGAGGGGUGUGGAAAUGAAUUCAAAAUUAUUGAGCUAGGUCAGCUGAUAUCCGAACCAAAUGAAACUAGUUGGAACUUGUUCUGUAUCAACCCAGGUAUCAUGAAUGAGCGUUGCCAGACAGUUUAGUGCAUUUAGGCAGCAUUUAGUGACACGCAUCAAAACACAUUUUUAAAAAACUUUGACAGAGUAAAGUCUUAGUUAUUUUAAUAAAUACGUUUUUUCAGUAAAUGUUUAUUCACGCGCAUGCACACAAACACACACACCCCGGAGGUCGGGGGGCUUUAGAGUUUAACUUUAGGUUGCUGAUAGCAAUGUGUGAUCAAAGCACCCUAACUUAGUCGUUUACCAACUUAUCGCGAAAAAACAGACAGAAAUAGACUUGUACAUUUUUUUUUUUUUUUAUAUUCCCUCCACCACCCCCCCUCUGCGGAGGACUACUUUAUUUCUGUUUAUUUAUUCUUUUUUUAUUUAUUUCCUCAAGAGAGGGAGAGAGAGGGGGACAGAAGGACGAAAACAGAGAAGAAGGGAAAUAGAGAGGGAGUGAGGGAAAAGAGAAAAAAAAAAAGGAAAAGAAGAAAGAAAACCACAGAUAAUCUGCUACAAUACCUGCUGAUGAGAGAAAACAACAACCAACAUCUGUACGAAUCACAAUGAGAAUGUUAAGGAGCAACAGCCGAUCAAGACAGUGUGUGUCUGAGAACCUGUGUGUACACCUGUAUGUGUCUGUGAGAACCUGUGUGUACACCUGUAUGUGUCUGUGAGUACCUGUUUGUACCCCUGUGUGCACACCUGUGUAUGUGAGCGCGCUGGUGUUCAAAAGGUUACUCCAUGUAAAUGUCUAGUAGUGUGUGUGGAGAGCCACAGCCCCAUCCCCAAGGACAUGAAGCCGACACGGAGGAGGCCCGGACCCCAGAUAUCCAGAGGCCCCCCAGGGCAUGGGAGCCCCUGGAGGACCGCCGCAAGAAGAAUAGCAGCCCCUCACCCAGAAAAGGGCAGAAGAGAGCUCCGGAGGGAGGCCAUCCAGCAGCUACAGUGCAGGAGCCCCAGGGGGCCGUGGCGGCGAGCCCGCAGGCUCCGCCAGUGGCUGGCCCCACCAGGGCAGACCAGGCCCUGGGCCCAGAGAUCCAAGGGCCCCCCCACCCCCCAGCAAGGGCCCGACAGAGCCAGGAGGGCCAGAUCCCGCCAGGCAACCGCCGAGGGUGAGCCAGCACCCACCCCAGCACCCAGCCCCGGACAACGAGAACCACUAACGCACCAGCGGCCGGGGGCCCCAUCCACCGGCAGGGAGUGUGGCGGGGGGGAAUAGAGCCCGAGAUGUUAUUUCGGGUGGAGUCUAGGACCCAACCUGACACAUGCGUAUAGACAAACAGGCAUACACAUAUACAAGCAUACGUUCCCACCCUCAUGCACACAUAAACAAAUAUUUACACAUUCAUCCAACAUGGAGACACACAGAAAUGAACGCUGUACACAUACUCUCAAUCCCCAUAUAUACCCCAUUUUUUUCCUCUGGCGAGGAGACCAGAAGACCACCCCGGACCCCGCAGCAGCCGAGAAGCCCACCAGUCCAGACCCCGACCAGACGGCCAGCUCUUCCUCUCUCAGCCCCCCAGCCCCAAAUGGCGAACGGAGAACGGGGGUGUGAAAAGACCCCCUGCAGACCAACAGUUGGUGUUAGCUCGGCCCCUCACCAGAACCCUCAAUGUCUAUGUGCAAUUAAAAUUGAGAUGUGGGCCCUGGCACCAGAGAAUGGAUACCCCAAAAGCAGGGAUCCCCUGCGGACAGAUGGUAAGAACCUCCCCGCCAGCCGAAGAGGCCCCCGGCUCCACCGACGCGCCGAAGGCCCCCGCACCGGGGCCGAGCCCCCGUGCAUGCACCAACCCACACCCCGGCGGCAUACCCACCAGGACCCAAGCCCCCCCAGCCCAGCCGGAAUCCCGGCCUGGAGGCAGAGCGCCCCCAGAACCCCAAGCCCGCCCCGGAUCUACCCAGGAACAGCACGGCCACCAGGCCGGGAACCUACGUCCGCCGGCACAGGCUCCCCCAGCAGCGCCGCCUGCAGCCGCCAGAAGGACCCCACCCAAGAGCCACCAAAGCCCCAUCCAGGCCAGGACCGCAGUCCCAGCGCCGAACCCCCCCAGCAACCCACCCCCAGGGAACCCCCAGACGCCCCAAGCCAAUAUGCCCCCCCAUGCCAACGACACCGACCAAAGCAGGACAAAACCCUGACCCCCCCACCCCCACUAGGUGAUGGAGCUGAUCAAAGGAGCCCAGAGAGAUUGAUCUAGUGUGGCGGCAGAAGCUGUAUCAAGACUAAUAUGGUUCAACAAACUGUCUCUAUAUUGGUUGAUAUUAAGGUUAUUUUUAUUCUUCCAGUUCAUAAGGACAGUCUUCUUAGCAAUGCAUAAGGCGGUGAAAGCCAUGUGGGUUGUGUCAAAAUCUGUAGUGACACCAUCUAGGUCGCCCAACAAGCAGACUGAAGGAGAGGCUGGAAUGGUAUAUUUCAGACACUUUGAUAAGUCUUCACAGAUCCUGAGCCAAAACAUCCGAGUAGGUGGACAGAACCAAAAAGCGUGGAUGUAACUGUCAGGUGUGUCGCCUUGACAGUGUGAGCAGUUGUUAGAAGACAUAAAACCCAUCCUGAACAUCUGAUGCCCUGUAAAGUGCACUCUAUGCAGGAUUUUGUAUUGUAUUAACUGUAAACUGGGAUUUCUAAUCAGUUGAAAGGUUUUUAAACAUAUCUUAGACCAGAAAUUGUGGUCCCAGCUGACUGAUAGAUCUGCCUCCCAUUUUGCAAUGGGAAGGGAUAUUGAUUCAUCCAUUUUAGAAAGUGUCCUAUAUAUUUUAGACAGUAAUUUGGGGGUUUUAAGAUUAAGGAAUUCUGCCACACUUGGUAUUUGUAAUUUGAUUUGAUUAAACCCUAAUUUCUUUUUUACUAUAGAUUUAACUUGUUGAUAUUCUAAAAAUUUGUUCUUGUUAAUCCCAUAUCGUUUAACUAAUAUGUCAAAGGGAAUAAAGUCUAUUCCUUCGAA